CAUCCCAUUUCACUACUCUUUUGUUAUGUCAAAUAUUGUAGAGAUAAUCUCAUACAACACAAAAACAUACUGAAGUACACAGAUGGAGUUUGAUGAUGACACAUGUUUUCUGUGUUGUUCAUCAGUGGUCUGCUGUGUGGGCUUCUACCUGUGGCAGGGGGAGCUGUGUUUGGCCGGACUGACCUUUGCCCUCUUGUUGCCGGGGUCACUGGUGCAGGUGUUGAGUUUCAGGUGGUACAGGGCCGACGGAGAUAAACGGACAUGCUACAAUUUCAUCAUACACACACUUCACCUGGGCAUCUUCAAAAGGUUUUGGGACUGCAGUGUGUGUGAAUGGACAUCUCAGGGCUCUUCGCAGUCGCAUGCGCAGGAGGUGAUGCAGAAUGCAGACCUGUCUGCUUUGCGUCUGCUGGAGGUUUUGCUGAUGACUCUACCACAGACACUCCUGCAGACGUACGCUCUCAGCAUUACCGACUACGGACUCUCAUCUCCAGUUGCUCUGUGUGAUGCGGUGUGUUUGCUGUCGCUGUCCUGGGCGCUGGUGCUCUACAGCCGGGCCUGUUGUUUGAUCCGUCCCGGGCAUUUGCAAAUGCCACCGGCGGCGCUCCUGUGUCAGCUGCUGUGGAGAAUGGGCAUGUUAGCCGCCCGCUUCACCAGCCUCGCCCUGUUCACCCGCACCUUCGGCUGCUGGGUCAUCGGGGUCAUAGCGUCUCAUUGGUUGAUGGCUGCGCUGUGGUUGGUCUCGCAGCAGACUGACAUAUAUGUGGGUCAGUGGUCAUGGCGUGUGUUUAACAUCAUUCUGGGAGGCGUGCAUCUGUUCCUGUUUCUCAACGUGAAGAACGGCCCGUCCCGCUUCCGGAUGGUGGGAUUCUACACGGUGAUGCUGCUGGAAAAUGCUACACUGCUAUUGGCUGCAUCUGACAUCCUGACUGAUGCAUCAUGGGAUAGGCUGACCGUCCCCACUGCUGUGCUGUGCAGCUUUCUGCUCGGUUUGACGUCCCUGAUGUUGUACUAUCGUUUCCUGCAUCCCAAAUCUACUGAAAUCUCUCUGGGUUUAGGUCAGCGUGCGCACAUGGGUCGUGAAUGUCUUCAGCAGGGCGAUUCGUCCUUUUCUCUGGGGGACAAAAGUCUUCCUCCGGCCCCUCUUCCCAUCCUCUUCCCGUCCUCUCAUCCUUCCUUCUCCCUCUCUGGGAUUCCCAGCUCUCUGCUGGAGCAUCCCGGGAGCUGCGGCGUGAAGCCGGACGGAGAGUGUCGCCACCAUCACUGGCUGCUCAUCCGUCUCGCCCUGAAAACCGGUGACCCGGUUAAGAUCAACAGGGCGUAUGGGGCGGGUGGCGUGUCUGGGAUACUGGUGGUGGAUCGGAAGGGAGAGAUCAUAGAGGACGGGUGCGUGUCCACCUCGGAAAGCCGGGACAAUACGAUAGUGCCGCUGUCCGACGGCAGGGACGAGUUUGAGAGCGUGAGUGAAGCCAGAGAGGAAGAGGAAGCGGAUGACAGUCUCGAAAUGGAGAGCCCAUUAGAGUCGCCUGAGUCCGAGUGCAAGUGGAGCUCGCCGGAGGGAAAAUCUGUUUUCCCCACUGAAUCCAGCUCCACUUUAUACUUCAGCGCCGACCCACAAUCUGAGACGCCCUUCGGUUUCGGCUCUGGAACCGGCCUGGAAACUCUUGACGAGUUGAGCCCCAUUUCCACAGACGGCGGGCUGCACAGGGAUCUCGCCUGUGGGCUUCUGGAACGAGCGGGACCCUGCUACACAUCUGCGCCCGGACUGAAUGGACAAGGGCUUCCGGAGGGUUCUGGAACACACCUCAGAGGCCCCCGCAGGCAGGUAGUUCUGUCCCGCAGGGGUCCGGAAGAGGACGGCGGGUUUUUAACAGCAAAUGAACUGCAGCUUUAAAUGGCAUUCACACCGACAGCGGUUUCCAGCGUGAACGUUUCCAGACAAUAUAAGCAGCACUGUUGCAAUGUGGGCGUGUCUUUAAUGUCAUGCAAAUGAGCUUCAAUGGCAGCUACCAAUGAGAGUGAAGAUGAUCCAUGUGAAGCAAGAUGGAGAAGCAGUUAAUGGUGUUGUGAGCAUUUCACUGUGUUGUGUAAUUUGUCUUUGCCCACAUUCAGGGAUGUAAUUUAAAAAAAAAUAUUUGUGGAAAACGUCAGAAAUUGUCGGCAAUGAGUUUCAUUCAUGCAAAAAUACUUAUUCAUCUAGUUCAUGAUGUGAUGCAAUUUCAAGACUGCUUCCCUUCCAGAAUGUGAAUUUUUAGUGGCAGCAAAACACAUUAUGCACACACAC